AUAACAGAUGUGAUUGUACCACAAAAUAAGAGGGGCAUUCAGUUCAUUUGCAAUACAAUAGCCUUUUUUUAUGUUUUGAUCCAUCGCAGGAGUGUCGAAAAACGUAAAUAAAGGCGCACACUGAAGUUACCAAAAGCUGAGGACAGUUUCCACUCACUUCACUGUUAACCAGAUCGAUCAUGUCGCACACAAUUCUCCUGGUCCAGCCGAGUGGACGGCCGGAAAGCCGCACAUACAGUGACUAUGAAAGUGUAAACGAAUGUAUGGAAGGAGUGUGUAAAAUCUACGAGGAACAUCUGAAGCGCAGAAAUCCAAACACACCGACAAUUACGUACGACAUCAGCCAGUUGUUUGACUUUGUCGAUUCGCUAACCGACCUCAGCUGUCUUGUCUAUCAAAAGUCAACGAAUACCUACGCUCCGUACAAUAAAGAAUGGAUUAAGGAAAAGAUUUAUGUUUUGUUGCGACAGGCAGCCGGUAAUACCGAAUAGACGUCAAGAAUCCGUAACGAAAAAUGAGAUGAAUUUUUAAAGUCCAAAUGAAGCGAUUAAUACGCGAACGCGAAAUGUUUGCUGAGAUUUUUUUUUUUUUUGACCAGACGUUGAAUGUGAAUUUUGAUUUAUUUUAAGUUAAGAACAAUUGUACGGCAGAUUCAGUCACAGCGAGGGUAUAUCAAAUAUCCUGUUCAAUAAAUAAAAUGAAUUUAUAACUACACCUUCA